AAAGGUUUCCAAACUAUCUGAUGGGUCUGAAUCAGAAGAUGUACGAUCGCAAACCAGAAGAGAGGUGGAAGAGAAUGAGGAGCACAGAGUUGAAUGUAAGGACUGUGGGCUGAAGUUCACACAGUGGGAAACCUACGAGACUCACCUGCACCAGCACGCUCUGGAAGAGGAGGAAGCAGAGAUUGAAGACCACAUGGUAGCAGAACUAGUGCCAGAGAGAGAAGAUGCUGGAGAAAAUGGAGAUGAAAGCAUGAUUGGUAAUACAGCUGAGUGUGAUGAGAGCGAUUCAGCCCAAACAGGGACCUCAGACCCGAUUCAAAGCUUUGGAGUUUCCACCGCCUCAGUGAAGAAUGCACCUAGAAAAGAUUAUGUUUGCUCGAUCUGUGGAAAGAUUUACGCGUACCUGGUUUCUUUCAAAAAACACCAACAGCUGCACGAAAACGAGUCCUCUGCAUCAGCGAAACCUCCGGACGAGUCAAUUUUGCGCCAGUACGAGUGUCCAGAUUGUGGGAUGCUAUUCAUCAGACGAACACGGCUAAUCUCCCACCUGAGAGUUCACAGAGCAAGCAUUUCAUUAAAAUCAGCCCCUCACAGAUGUGAUACUUGUAACAAGGACUUUGCUUCUGCGGGGCUGUGGUUGGCUCACGCUGAGCUACAUAAACAGAAUCCAUUUUGGUGUUUGAGCUGCACUCGCGGCUUUAGAGAUGAAGCGUCACUAGACAAACACCUGCAAAAUCACUAUCACAGGCACGGGAGCCUCCGCACGUCUGCACAACCCACAAGUCACUUCAGCAACCAUGGCGGAGCUAAGCAGAGCUUCUCCAAUCCCGGAAAGGUAAUUUCGCAUCAAAAACAGCAUCGUACCAACUCUGUGAACCUGGGAGGUUUGAUUCAAAGAAGUGCUCUUCUCCCUUGUGUUGAAGAAGAGCCAGAAAUGAAUGCAGACUUAAAAGAACGACCAGAGGAGGAGGAAAGCACACAGAAAACAGGGCUACAAAGCCCAUGUGAGAAGAUCGAGGAUCGUGACAGAUCUGACAAGUCAGACUGUGGAGAACCGGUGUUUCACUUUAAGAUUUUGAGACAAGCUAACUUGGCUGAUCUAUCUGACGAGUCCAAAUCAGGAGAUGUACAGUCAAAAACAAGAAACGAGCCGGACGAGGCAGAGUCACAGGAAAGAAACGUGCACAGCGACCAUAAGUACUGGGAAUGGGAGUGCUUUGACUGUGAUAUGGGCUUUGAUGAUGUGGCAAAGCUGCACUCGCAUUAUAUAAAACAUGCAACUGGGGAGUUGCCUAUACUGUGGGAUAACACAGAAGGAUGAGGUGUCACUGAAGCAUUUGAUUUCUCAUCCCUGCUUCUGUUCAGAUUUUUUUAAGGACGUCACACAGCUGCUACAAAAAAACUUUUGCCCUUUUUUAAAACAAUUUUUUUACUUAUUCCUGAUUAAUUUAUUUUUAAAAAUCAUGCGUUACAGUACCCUAACAACAAAUAUCUACACCAAGGAGGCCUUUUUGAGGUAUAGCCUCAAUGUGCUAUGAGAUUAAACUUUUUAAGGCAUAUUUUCAGUACGUAAAAUCCAAGAGUCUGAGAAACAUUCUUGAAUUAAACAGGUCAAAGAAAAAAGGAAAACUUGAGUACAGCUGUCCACUCUGUGUUCCUUUAAUGUUUUCCUUAAAAAAAUAAAAUAAAAUAAAAUCCUGGGGAAUCCUUUCACUGCAGAUGUUGACACGGAGAGGAUUUUAUGAAUGUGCCAGUUGAGGACGUACAAGACAUCUGUCUCUGAAAUUAGACACACUGAUCUUCAUGUCUUCUUGCUCCUGUCACUUCAUUCUCUCCUCUCUCCAGAGUUUGUGAAAGGUCACAGGUCACUGUGAAAUGUGGAUUACACACUGUUGUAGGAAAUCUUCAGUUUUCUGUCGGUUUCCCACAUAAAAACUCUUGAACACUGUCUCACUCACUGCUGGGAUAUUUAUUGAAUUCCAGCCUUUCUGUCCAUCCGACUUUUAUCAAGUAAAUGGACAAUAUUCCUUCUCCCUCACCUCAAUUAUUCCAGUAUCCAGAAGUGUGCACAGAUAUUUUGUGUGAGAUGUUUUCCAAAUAAAAA